UUACGUGCAAAUACUUAUACAUUUCAGGAAAGCCAAGCGCGCAAUUUCUGAGGGCGGGUUUACUAAUUCUUCAGAUUGAUAGGUUUUGUGAACAGAAGAGGGAAUUUUUUUUUGAAGCGAAUAAAGAAUCAAUGGAGGGAGGAGGAAAUAGAGGGCGAGGCAGAGGAAGAGGACGAGCAGAGCAACAACGACGGCAACCGCAGCCUCAGGGGAGUGGUCAAGGGAGAGCUGGGAGAGUCGAUCCCCGGCCGAAUUAUGCUAGAGCCGCUGGGUUUCCGCCUGUCUCUGGUCCAAGCCAAGCUACACCAGUCGGUCAAGGAAGAUGUCAAGGCCCUCCUCAGGCAUGGGGACGAGGAAAGCAACAGCAAUUAGCCCCGAGACCUUCUGUUCCGCCUGGAAUGAAUCCAUGUUUGGCUAUUGAGAAAGCCUCGAAGAAAAUGGCUGAGGUAAACAUUCAAGAGCCCCUGGCCCCAGUUAACGUUCCACAGAUUUCUGGUACUAGCCCUAGCACCAGUACCGGUAGUAGUGAUAAAAAACUGAACUCAGGAGAUCGGAAGCCUAUGAGGAGGCCCGAUGCUGGAGGGAAAAUUGGGUCUAAACAGAUUCGCCUCUUUGCUAAUCAUUUCAAGGUCGAAUUUCAGCCCGCUCAACAGAUCUUCCAUUAUGAUGUGAAGAUAACACGCCAGUCUGUCAAAAAUAGUUCUUCCAAACGUGGAGGAAAGCAGAAAGCAGGCCUUGGUGCUUCUACCGCCGAGGUUCAAGACAUGGCGAUCACUGUGUCUAGGGCAGAUGCAGAAGAGAUUAAAAACAAACUGGUUACAGAGAAUUGUGUGGCUUUCCGUAAUGCAAUGCCUGUUUAUGAUGGCAAAAAGAACCUGUACAGUGCAAUCGAAUUGCCAGAGGGUGAUUUUACCGUGAAGCUCCCUAAUGGGGAAGGCAGUGAUGUUAAAGAAUAUAAGGUGACUUUAAAGCUAGCCAACACGCUGGACGGGCAUAGACUAGCAGAGUUUCUUGAUAGAAAUAUAGGCGACCAUGUGACCGUGCAACAGGAAAUGUUGCAGGCGUUGGAUCUGGUAGUAAGGGAGCAUCCCAGCAGCAGCCGGAUAAUCAUGGGGCGGAAUCUUUACGAGAAGCGUGAAAAUUUGCAGAAAUCUCUUACGAGUGGCAUUGUUGCUGCAAGCGGGUUUUCAAUGAGUGUCAGGCCUACGGCCCAGGGGCUAUCUCUUAAUGUGGAUUUUUCUGCAGUGGCUUUCCAUGCAACAAUAGAUGUAUUAGAUUAUUUGUGGCAGAAUCGACGUAUUAAUUGCAAACCAAACAAAGAACUCGAUCAAAAUGAGCGACUGGAGGCUGAAAGUGCUCUGAAGGGUUUGAAGGUGGCUGUCAAACAUAGGGUCACAAAGCAAAAAUACACCGUGUGGAGACUGACUAAAGAAAUUACCAGAGAGCUCAAGUUGAACAUUGAAGAAAAUGGGCAGCAGAAGCAGAGCAUUAGCCUUGUAGAUUACUAUCGGCAGCGUUACAAUGUGGACAUCAAGUACAAACUGCUUCCUUGUUUGGACCUGAGCAAGCAUUCUGACAGACCUAAUUAUGUUCCCAUGGAGUUGUGCCAAAUUUGUGAAGGGCAGAGGUUUCCGAAGGAUAAUCUCAGUGCAACUCAGCUAAAAACUUUGCGGAGCAUAGCUUGUCCCCAAGUGCACCAGAGGCAACAAAAAAUUAAACGAAUCAUGGGACUAGACGAUGGACCUAGAUGUGGCCCAUAUCUACCCCAUUUUCAAAUAACAGUGUAUGCAGAAAUGACACGAGUGACAGCACGGGUGCUAGAUGCACCCGAGCUGAGGCUGGGUGACCGGGGGCAACUUAGACGUAUUAUUCCACGGCCAGAUGAGAGGAAAUGGAACCUGCUUAAAAGCCAUGUUUUUGACGGAAAAAACAUUGAGAGAUGGGGAAUCAUACAUUUUGCAAAUCAGGAGCCAGGAAAGCAGACUCGUAUGGUGGUGAAUAAUUUCUGCAAUGCCAUGGUGAACAGGUUCCAAACCCUAGGCAUCAACAUGCAUACAAACCCAAUGAUCAAUAAAUCAGAUGAAAUGGCCAAGUUUGAUAAUGUGGCACAGCUGAAACAGACUCUGACUGAAAUAUACACCAGUAGCCAAGGGAAGUUACAAAUUUUGAUAUGUAUUAUGCAGGAAAAGCACGCUGGCUACAAAAGCCUCAAGCUUAUCUGUGAGACAGAAAUAGGCCUGGUAACGCAAUGCUGUUUGUGGGAUAAUGUCAAAAGGUGUGGUGAUACAAAAUACAGUUCUCAGUAUUUGGCAAAUUUUGCUCUCAAGGUCAAUGCCAAAGUAGGCGGGAGUAAUGCAGCGCUCAACCCAGUUUCCACCCAGUUACCACGCUUUGGGAACUCUCACGUGGUGUACUUUGGAGCAGACGUGAAUCAUCCAGGCAAGCGAGAUGAAAUAAGCCCGUCAAUUGUUGCUGUUGUAAUGAGCAUCAACUGGCCCGAAUCCAACCGUUAUGUGGUCAAAAUCCGAUGCCAGAAAAACCGUCAGGAAUACAUUUCAGAGCUAGGAGACAUGUCUAAGGAAUUGCUAACCAAGUAUCUCGACAAGAACAAAAAGUUGCCCCAAAGGAUUAUCUUUUUCAGAGACGGGGUGAGCGAGGGACAAUUCCACAUAGUCCUAAACCAUGAGGUAGAAGCCUUGAAAGAGGCAUUCAGGCAAUUUGGAGAAGCGUAUAAUCCGAUUAUUUCGUUCAUAGUAGCGCAGAAGCGUCAUCACACAAGGCUGUUCCCCGUGGACGAUAGGAACACUUGUAUGCCACACAAUGUGCCACCUGGUACAGUCGUGGACACUUCAAUAGUUCACCCAAGGGAAUUUGACUUCUAUCUGUGCAGUCACUAUGGUCUGCUAGGCACCAGCAAGCCAACUUAUUAUCAUGUUCUUUGGGACGAGAAUCAGUUUAGUUCCGAUGAGUUGCAGACACUCAUCUAUAAUCUGUGUUACACAUUUGCUAAGUGCACAAAGCCCGUCUCACUGGUGCCUCCCAUUUAUUACGCUGAUCUGGCAGCCUACAGAGGCCGACUGUAUGUCGAAGGCUCUUCGUCUUCUUCUUCUUCAGACUCUAUCGGUAUUCCGAAGAUCAACGUUGGGGUCGAGAAUUUCAUGUUUUUUAUCUGAUACUCUGCAUUUUCUCCUUUCUGUUUUUUUUUCUGCUACGUGACUCUUUCCAGGGGUUAGCAUAAACACUGGUUUUUUUUUGUCGAUUUCCAAUUUUAUGAAUUGUCUGUCAUAUUUCAAAGAC